UACAGCCAAGAAUUGGCUGCCAUCGACAACUUUUGCUUUCGCAGUCAUCCAGAAUUUAUUCUGAUGAACAAAACCUGCGCGUCAAACACUGAAUGAAUGACACCAUUCUGCUAACGUUGGUUUGAAGAGAAUAUUACGUUUAAUGCGAUCAUUUCUGUUGGAAAGAGGAACAGAACUCCUCAAUGUUUUUAUAAUUUGUUGACUACCAUUAAGAAGUAAAAUAUAAUAGCCUUGAUUAACCUGGACUUGACAGUGUUAAACUGAUCGUUAGAGAGUUUGGAGUGCAGUAUUCGGUGAACACAGUUGUCCUUGUGGCGUUGUUGGUCAGGUGUUCUUUGAUUAGCUGUGUCCAGCACCCAAGCGUUUGAUGUAUGCGGCAUUUCUGCCGAGUUUUGUCGGAUCAAGAUGCAUCUUCCAAAUUGGGUGGUUGUCUGGAUGUCAUACCUGGUCCUGUUUGUUUCUGUGAUUGUGUGCAUUGCCAUUCCCAGGACCGAAAUGGUAAAUAAAGAUGACACCUCUUUAGAUUACAGCCAGGAAGAUUACAGUAAUGUUGAUCACUUCCAAAAAGAAUUAGCUAAGAGAUUGUUCCGUAGUCGCUCCCGACUUGGAUUCGGCUUUGGUGGAGGUCGUUUUGGAAACAGCACGUCAGGGAAAAUACCUGAAGCAGCGAUGAAGUGUAUGAUAGGCAUUUCGGUGUCGGCCGCAGGUUUCCUCGCUUCAAUGCUCCUGCUUUCUUUUCGAAAAAAAUUUAAGAGGUAUUGCAACAGAACUUACCGUUAUCUCUACAAGCGCUGGGCUGACAGAUACGAGUUGGACCGUCAGGGGAUCAUGGAAGACUUGGACGACGACCACCUUUCAUCAUCUGGACAAGUUGUCGUAGAUCGUGUCGUCUUCCAGGCGGGCAAGUCCACACGUCGGAACAGCACCGGCGGCACGAAGCAAGACUACACGGCCGUGCCACCCGAUUCACCGGUAAAGACCGUGCCGUCCUCAGUAGCGGAAACGGUCUGCCCUCUCACUCUAUCAGGCCCACAAAGAAACCCGAAAGUCCCUUAAGUCCUCACAAGCAGAUAGAGGGAACUGUCGGCUCGCAGAAAUCUGAUUAUGAUGGCUAAAUGUUGUUUUUCAAAAGUUUUAGACCUACAUGUACCCUCUGAAUAGUUAUUAUGGUUGCGCCUGACCGCGAGAUAGCAGUUUGCUUGCGUAAUUGCAAUGAAAAACAAAGGUGGUUGGAGGAAAAUAGUCUCGUGAUCUCUGAGGAAGGUUCUACACAUACAUUUAAGAGGCAACCUAGCUCUUAUUGAUACUUAAAUAUAAAGACAGUACCCUUACCCCGGUACCCUUAUCGGCUAUCUAGAUUACUGCGGGUACCAUGAUAUGGCCUUUUGGGGAAUACACCUGCAUAAACGCUGCUUUUCGCUAUUGAGAUUGUCGGCCCGGGGCUUGUUUGUCUUCCAGUAUGAAUCUAUACUUUAAGUCUGUACUACAAAUGUUAAACGAAAAUGAACUUAAACAUCUGCAUUAUUGCCCUACACCAUAGGAUUAUGAUCAUGACAUGCCAAUAAUUGGAUGAAACGUUUAUUAAUAAGGUAUGAUUACUGUGUGUAUUUUUAUACCGAGGGCACAUUUUGGCACUUAGACAAUUGUUUACUUUGACCUAUUACGGUCGAUAGGGAAUGUAAAAUACUGGCAUUUGUAAAAUUAAUAUCAAUUUUAAAGACUUUCAGUUUUCAUGAUAAUCGCCAUCGUCACCAUUAUCUGGUGCCAGGGGGCAAUCAGCUCAUGUAAAAGUGCAUCUUGCCACCCCCUCCCCAAAGUGUCUGGAUCCAACCUUGAGGUUAUUAUGCUAUGAAUAUAAUUAUGGUGUACUUGGGUGCUACCGUAAUUCGUUGUGUGCUUGCUUGUGCAUAGCCAAGGAAAGUAAAUGAACAAAGCAUGUAAGCAAAAUGGGAAAAUAAAUACAGGUAUCAAGUGAUACAAAAAAUAUGCGUUAAAACUGAGUAGUGCACAAAGGCGUGGGAGUGAACAUACGUGGCCUGCAGACGCUUCUCCAUAUUAGGGGUCUUCCAUUUUUGUCCUUUUCACAAACGUACAAAGCGUACUAUUUUCAUGCCCCCCUCCUCCCCUCUAAAAGAGGACAAAAUGGAUGAACAAAAAAUGAUUUAAUGUGGAGUAGAUGACCAGAGAAUAGUAGUAGGAGGAAAAACAAUGUUCAUGAAAGGCCUUGACAUUCGCGGUUUUGCGAUUGCCCGGGACAAAUUUCUUC